AUGAGCAGAGGAUGGGAAUUGGCAGUGGUCCCGAUUGCUAUCGCUGUCGAUGGAGGUGAUGAUGAGGGAGGUGAUGUUGAUGAGGAAGAGACGGGAGGUAGAGAACCAGUUGCAAGAGUUAGCUUUUGGAGGUUCGUUGCAAGAGCUUCCUCAGGACUGAGAGAGGGAGAUGGAAAGGGUCUCUGCAUUUUGUUAGGCAUCUUUCACGGUGUUUCUCGACCUCAGUGGUCGCCGACGCUGUCCUGCACUGCGCUAACACUAACACCAACACUGCUCGUCGUCGGUUAUGAUAAUAAUAUUAAUGAUGAUGAUGUUGACGAUGAUUCUAAUGAUGAUGAUGCUGAUAAGGAUAAGGCGAUAAAGGUUAUAUUCAGUCGAAGACGCGAGUUUCAAACAAGGAUUCCACCCAAGACGUCAUAUGCAUGUAGGCAAGAAGAAGAUGAAGAAGAUGGAGAAGAUGAUGAUGAUGAUGAUGAUGAAGCAGAAGGUACAGACGAUGAAGCACAAAGUCGGUGA